AUGUUGUGCAAACUGGCUAGUCUGAACAUUCAGUGCGUACAUACGCAGUCGAGUGUGACAUCCAAGUCGAAGGUGGCUCUUAUCACCAUGGUGACGUAUAAAAUGGAUCGUAUGACAACGUACUGUUACUAUCUUUCAUCCAAGUACUCCGAGAAACAGCCUGUAAAAGACAAUGUGCUAGUGACUGCCUCGGGCAGUUUGUGUCCCAUUACGGUCCGCGUAGACAUUGCCGAUAAACUGGAAAAGAAUGCAAUCAUUCCGCUGCGCUACACUGCCACGCUGGACAUGUCUUCGGCUGACCCCAAUUUUAAGUUCCCCGUUCCGAUUGAACGUGUGGCGGUGCCUGAUUAUCUCCUGGACAACAGCAGCAGCGCGUUAGCAAGCUCAAACGGGAGCACGUUUGACAUAGCAGUGGCCAACGUGGUUAUCUGCGACUGGCGUUCAUGCGACCUCUUCUCGAUGGAAACUAAAAGCUCUAUUUACUACUCGUCCAAGAACAAUCCGAAUAAUUUCAAUGAUAACGUAGCCGUUUUCGGAUCUCAAGAGCUUGUGAUCCCUAAGGACGGAAAGUACACAGGAUACGCACAUCUUGUGGCCAACAUUGCCGGCGAUUCGCGCGCCGAUUUCGUCACGUUUUUCCCCGUGCAGAUUGGUGAUGUUGCUGGUACGACGCCUCACGAUAUUAGCAUGGAUGGCACAACUACGUAUUGCUGGACUGCAGAGGAUGUAUCCGUGUUUGAUCCGGGCGUUUCGAGCGACCUUACUAUUCGAACAGGUCAAUAUUGUCCUGGUACCAUGUUCAUGUCGCUCUCGUCAACUGAAGUUAGUGUCGGAGAUACGAUCGAUAUUACGUGGAUGCUGGACAUGUCCGACUCGUCCACCGAUGACUCGACUCUUAUUGCUGAGGUAUCGACGAUAGAUGCUAUUAAGAACCCGCGUACCGAUAUCUACUCAGUUGUGCCCAUCUCCGUCUUCAGCGGCUGCCAGCGGAACGUUCAAAACGCCAACUGCUCCACAUAUACCGGAGAAGAAUCGUCUACCUUUUCCAUUGCGGAAUAUGAUGAUAUGAACCUCACAAAUAAUGCCGUCAGCUAUUCGACUAGCUAUACUUUCAAUACUUCGGGCCAGUUUACAAUGUUUGGCCGAGUUGCCAUGGUGACUGUGGACGGCGAGCGAAUUGAUAUGGCCAUUUACUCGAGCGUGACAGUUUCUGUUCAAGGUGGCAGCAAGAGCAGCUUCCUGUUCCUAUACAUCGGUAUUGGUAUCGGCGCUGCUAUCUUGCUAGCUGGCAUGCUAUUUUGCUACAUGAAGAAGCGACACGACAAGUUGAGCACGAAGGAUAUUCCGUUCCGUCAGCCUGUGAGCAGGUUGAACCGUGCAAGUGAAUACACUCUAGCGUCCUCGAACUUCAUGACGUACAAGACACCCGCACAGCAGACGCAGGGACUGGAUACGAGCGGUAACUCUGCUCCAUCAUACCUUGCAGUUAAUGCUGUAGAUACCGGUGUAUUUGACAAGACGAUUUGCGCGGAACCCGGCAGUGUGUCCGAGUCUGUGGAAAGCAGCGAAUCCUUUUCAUUAAACCCGUACGAUCGUGCCAGUUUUGCGGGUUUAAGUGACGACGUUUCAAGCUCCCAGCCUUCCGAUACUAGCAAAUUUUCGUUCCAGUCUGGCUACGAUAACGAGUCGGAGUGGGAGUACGAUACUCGACAACUCCGGGGUGUUAAUAGCGGCAGCGGCUAUGGUGCAGACCCUAGCACCAGUCUGUCUGCUGUUGGUACAUUUGAAAUGGGGCGUGGCAUGCCCAUUUUGGAAGAAGACGAUUUGGAUGAUUGCCAUGACUUUCGGAACGGCCAGCAACAACAGCCGUCUGACUCUGGUUUCGGCACGCGUAAUAUGACUAGUUCAGGUUGGACCGUGAGCUAA